AUGGUAUUCUUUGGUAUCUGUUUCGGCGUAAGAUGGCUAGGAAAGGUAAUCCCAUUUUUGUUUAUGGCGGCCUUUAGCAUGAUGUUGGCGCUUCUGAUUCGAGCUAGCACCAUGGAUGGUCUGGUGAAUAUCUUCAAUAUCUAUAUCAACUCGACCGACUGGAAUAAACUGGCAGAUUACAAAGUGAGUUAUUGUCCCAGAAACAUGUUACAGCAUACUUAG